UUACAAAUUUUAUGAUUAAAUCAAUUUCAUAACUCCAAUUCAAGUUUUCACUCUCAAAAUACAUUGAAACUUAUUCCCCUUUCUUUAUCCCUGUUUCAUAUAGCUUUUUUCCCGUUACUGUCCCCAUGUGCGUGUUCGUCAUGUAGAGAGCUAGUAUAUGUCUUCAUUGAGAAUCAUAGAGUUCUACGAACAUGACAUGUCUUUCUCUUAUAUUAAUCUGGUCCUAUGGUCAAUAUUUUCCGAGAAGCAAGGUUUCGAGCUUAACUAUGUCUUGGCUUUGGUCUUAACACACACCACUUAACGAUGCUUUCGUCUAUACCUUACUAUAGGAGUUGCGUUCAUUGAUAGAGACAAAAUACAGUGAAGGAUUUGGCUAUCCAACGCAUAGCAAUUACAACCAUGGCAUACACUGCAGUUGCUAUGCCUACCUCUCCAGCUGCUACCACUGCAACCAUGGACAUUGCAAAAGAACAUAAUGGUCUUCGUCGUUCCCAAUCCAGCAAAGAACUACGCACGAGUUCCAUUAUGCAGAGGUCUUAUUCUGACAACCACCUAUGUUGCUCCAUCAAUCGCAUACACGCCACAUCAGUUACACCAAAACUUAAGAGCAAUCUGUCAACGGGAAUUUCCCCAUUUCCAUUUUCAGGCUCCAUUCUUCCAAAUUCGCUGCGUUCCUUCCUGUUUGAUCCAGAAACAAACAGGGAUAUAGUUGUGAGGGAGAAGGAGAUAAGUAUUGAGGAAAACAUGGUGGAAAGCAGCAAAGAAGAACGAGUAAAUAGAGCCAACUGGGUGGAGAGGCUUAUGGAAAUCAAGAAACAUUGGCGAAAUAGACUGCCAAAAGAAAGCAUGGAUCCAAAUGUGAUAUGCAAGGACAAUAAUUACGAGGAAUGCGAAUGUAAUGGAGAUGACGGUGUUUGUGUGGUGGGUGAAGAUGAAGAUGAGGAGGAAGUGACAUAUGAUCGUGACUCAUUCUCAGAAUUUCUGGUUGAAGUGCCAUGGUCUGAUACCCAACUGUACUCUCAACUUGCUUUCCUGUGCAACAUGGCCUACGUAAUACCUCAAAUCAAGGCUAAGGACUUGCGACGAUACUACAACCUUCAAUUUAUAACAUCUUCUUUGGAGAAGAAGGCCCAAGUGGCUAAGUUAAAAAUGAAACUUGACCAGGACUCAACUCGCGUUCCUAUAGACGACUCUGUAGUCUCUAAAGGUAACACAAAGAAAGGCAAAGAAAAUGCACAGAAGCCUCAAAUCCAACUUGCUUAUGAUAUCGCUACCUCAGCUGCCUCUUAUGUUCAAUUACGAGCUAAGGACCUCUUGUACCUUGCUGCUAAGUCACAAAAGAGUGAAAAUGAAGAGUCUAACCUAGGAGGAGAGUCACCUCGAGAAGAGUUGGAAGGCACUUCGCGAGGCUACAAAUCAGAGGUUGCUGCUUAUGUAGCAGCAUCCACAAUGACAGCAGUGGUUGCAGCAGGGGAGAAGGAAAAACAAGAAGCGGCAAAUGAACUCCAGUCACUUCAUUCCUCACCUUGUGAAUGGUUUGUUUGUGAUGAUCCCAGCAAUCAUACUCGAUGCUUUGUGAUUCAGGGGUCAGACUCCCUGGCAUCUUGGCAAGCAAACCUCUUUUUUGAGCCCACAAAAUUUGAGGGCACAGAUGUACUUGUUCACAGAGGAAUUUAUGAAGCAGCAAAAGGAAUAUACGAGCAAUUCAUGCCCGCAAUAAUGGAUCAUUUGAAGAGACACGGGGAUCGUGCAAAGCUUCAAUUCACCGGGCACUCUCUCGGGGGCAGUCUCUCUCUUUUGGUUCAUCUGAUGCUGUUGACAAACAAGGUUGUGAGUCCCUCCACUCUUCGACCAGUUGUGACUUUUGGCUCACCAUUUGUAUUCUGUGGAGGCCAUCAAAUUAUCCAUGAGCUAGGCCUAGACGAGAGCCACAUCCACUGUGUGAUGAUGCAUAGAGAUAUUGUUCCCAGGGCUUUCUCCUGCAAUUACCCAAAUCAUGUAGCUGUAGUUCUUAAGCGCUUGAACAGCUCGUUUCGCUCACAUCCUUGUCUGCUGAAAAACAAGCUGUUGUAUUCACCACUGGGUAAAAUAUUCAUCCUCCAACCAGAUGAGAAGACGUCUCCUCCACAUCCUUUGCUCCCUCGAGGAAGUGCCUUCUAUGCCCUGGACAAUACUAAACCUGGAUACUCUCCGAGUGUUCUUAGAACUUUCCUGAAUCAACCGCACCCUAUUGACACUCUGAGUGAUCCAACAGCGUAUGGUUCAGAAGGUACAAUUUUGAGAGACCACGAUUCCAGUAACUACCUUAAAGCAGUCAAUGGAGUCUUGAGGGAACAUUCUAAGAUUCUCCUUCGCAGAGUGAGGAGCCAAAGGAUUAAUCAGUUGUGGCCACUUUUGACAUCGCCGUCUCCACACUCAUGGAGUCAUGAACAGAACUUGGAGAGAUGCAGCUUGAUGACAAAGGAGAUAGUGACGGGGGUUUGAAAAAAAUGCUUUUCAUCCGAGGUUCCCAUAGAUCAUGAUCAAAUUAAUUAAGAUCAAGGGAUUAAUUAGCAAAAUACAUCACUUUGUUUCAUGUAUAUUUCUAAAUCCAACAUAACCAGUGUAUGUGUAUGUGUAUGUGUUACCCCAUAUUGGAAAACCUUGUGCAUACAAAUGUCCAUAAUUCCUAUAGAAAAUAGAAGAAAAUUUUCCAUA